AACUUGUUAAUGUUAAUUAUUAUUUUAUGUUAUACAAAGUACGUGUCUGGAGAUACUCUGUGUAAUUUCGUUAUACUUUUAAAUUUUUCAACUGCCAUAUUGUACGUAUUCGACCUGUUAUACCAAAACUGGACAUAAUUCUUGGAAAUAUCCAUAAACAUGUCGACAGAGCAAAAAAUCAAGCAGACAAUACACAACACAUCUACCAAACUUGCCAAAGAGGUAGCUGCUAGUCACAAUAUGGAGAUUGCCUCAGAUGGCAUAGAUCUCAUAGCAGAAAUGACGUAUCAGAAAUUGCUUGGGUAUGGAAUAGACUUGGAUGCUUUUCAGAAACAUGCCAAAAGGUCAACCAUAACAGCGGACGAUGUUAAGUUGUUAGUUAGAAGAAAUGAGUCACUGAAGCAAAUGGUCGAUUCGAAACUUCAAGCUGCUGGUAGCCUGAAACCUACCCCAGACAACACCACGGGCGCCAAACGGAAACGGAAAGCAACUUGAGGCUAGCUUAAGAAUCGUUAAAGUCGUAUUUUCAUCGAUAAAGUGAUAUUUUUACAACAUGUAUUUAAAUAGUCUUAAGCUAUCCAGAGGAGUACCUCAGGGACCAAUUUUAUGCCUUAUAC